AUGGACGUAUUCCACAUGACUCCAUUGGAAGAGGACUCUAAUUGGGAGUACCAGUCUUGUAACACCAAUGCCUGUCCCGAGCUGAAAAAGACCACACCCUGGACACCCUGUACGCCUGUCAACAUCUCUGACAAUGGUGGCCACUAUGAGCAGCGUUUCCGGUACACAUGCAAAGCCCGCCUGCCUGACCCUAAUUUGCUGGAAAUGGGAAGGCAGAGAAUUGAGAUGCGGUACUGCUCGAGCGACGGGACCAGCAGCUGCUCCACGGACGGGCUCUCGGGCGAUUUCCUGCGAGCUUGGCGGUACUCUGCCCAAAAGGUCAACGGGGCGUGGUCAGCCUGGACGUCCUGGUCCCAGCGCAGCCGCGACUGCAGCAGGGGUAUCCGGAACCGGAAGCGCGUCUGCAACAACCCUGAGCCCAAGUACGGGGGGCUGCCUUGCCUCGGUCCCGCCCUGGAGUACCAGGAGUGCAACAUCUUGCCCUGUCCAGUGGAUGGCAUGUGGUCUUGCUGGUCUUCCUGGUCAAAGUGCUCAGCCACGUGUGGCGGUGGCCACUACAUGAGGACCCGAUCGUGCACAAACCCAGCCCCUGCCUACAGAGGGGACAUCUGCCUGGGGCUGCACACAGAAGAGGCUCUCUGCAACACACAGCCCUGCCCAGAGAGCUGGUCCGAGUGGUCAGACUGGACUGUGUGUGAUCUAUCCGGCAUCCAGAUCCGUGCCCGCCAGUGCAUCCUCCUCUUCCCCGUGGGCAGCCAGUGUUCCGGAAAUGCUACUGAGAGCCGGCCAUGCGUGUUUGACUCGAAUUUCAUCCCAGAAGUGUCUGUGGCAAGAUCCAGCAGUGUAGAAGAAAAGAGAUGUGGAGAGUUCAACAUGUUCCACAUGAUUGCCGUGGGCCUCAGCAGCUCCAUCCUCGGCUGCCUCCUCACCCUGCUCAUCUACAUCUACUGCCAGCGGUACCAGCAGCAAUCCCACGAUGCUACCGUCAUCCACCCUGUCUCAGCUGCCCCGCUCAACACCAGCAUCACCAACCACAUCAACAAACUGGACAAGUAUGACUCAGUGGAGGCCAUCAAGGCAUUCAACAAGAACAACUUGAUCCUAGAGCAAAGGAACAAGUACUUCAACCCACACCUCACUGGGAAGACCUGCUCCAAUGCCUACUUCACAGAUCCCAAUAAUUAGGAUGAAUA